UAGGUUUAGGUGGUAGGUUUUCUGCUCCGGGCCUUGAACUUUGACAGCAGCAGGCCUGUCAAUGUGUAGUGAUAUCAGUUUGCAAAUGUUCUGGUUGCAGCUGUACCAGAUGGGAUUCGGUAAUUCCGAUUCAGCUGACACCGAAUGAAUACUUGUCACAUACUUGACACUGAUGAUGGAUGAGACACGGUUCCUGCCUUAUUAAGGAGAGUCGAAACUAGCCACAGGAGGAGAAGAACUACGAGGGACUAAGUGCUGUUAUGCAGAUACAGGAGAUGUGCUGCAGUCCUAUAAAGAAGAGUGUUUUUAGCUCAGGCCACGGCACAGAGGGAAGGCUUCCUGGAGAGGGUGGUGUUUUCAAGAAAUGCCAUCAACGAGAAGUAAAAUGUUGGUAAAGAGAGAGCGAGCGCAGGAAGUUGGGUAUUAAAGCUCAAGGAGGAUCUGGUUUGCCUGGGGUAUAGGAGGUGCCAUCUCUUUAUCCACGCUCCAGUGACACAAGAUGCCCUUCAAUGGCGAGAAGCAUUGUGUGGGCGAAGACCAGCCGAGCGAUUCAGACUCUUCCCGGUUUUCCGAAAGCAUGGCUUCCCUCAGUGACUAUGAGUGCUCCAGGCAGAGCUUUACAAGCGACUCCUCCAGCAAAUCCAGCUCCCCUGCUUCAACAAGCCCUCCCAGGGUUGUAACAUUUGAUGAAGUGAUGGCUGCAGCAAGGAACUUAUCAAACAUGACUCUUGCUCAUGAGAUUGCUGUAAAUGAGAACUUUCAGUUGAAACAAGAUGCCCUCCCUGAGAACAGCUUGGCAGGUCGAGUGAGGCACAUUGUCCACCAGGCCUUCUGGGACGUCUUGGAAUCAGAACUGAAUGCAGAGCCUCCCGAGUAUGAGCAUGCCAUCAAGCUGUUUGAAGAAAUCAGAGAGAUUCUUCUUUCUUUUCUGACUCCUGGUGGCAACCGGCUUCGCAACCAGAUCUGUGAAGUUCUGGACACAGACCUUAUCAGGCAGCAGGCUGAGCACAGUGCUGUUGACAUCCAAGGCCUGGCCAACUAUGUCAUCAGUACGAUGGGAAAGCUGUGUGCUCCCGUGCGAGAUGAUGAUAUCCGAGAGUUAAAGGCUACCGGCAACAUUGUGGAGGUGCUAAGGCAAAUAUUUCAUGUCCUGGACCUGAUGAAAAUGGAUAUGGUCAAUUUUACAAUUAGGAGCCUGAGACCACAUCUUCAACGCCAGUUGGUAGAUUAUGAGAGAACCAAGUUUCAAGAAAUUUUAGAAGAAACUCCAAGUGCUCUUGAUCAAACUACAGAAUGGAUCAAAGAAUCUGUACAUGAAGAAUUGCUUUCUCUUUCUGAGGCUGCUCUAACUCCUGGGGCCGAAAACAGCUCCAAGCCAAGCCUGAGCCCUACAUUGGUGCUAAAUAACAGUUAUUUGAAACUGUUACAGUGGGAUUAUCAGAAAAAAGAAUUACCAGAGACGCUCAUGACAGAUGGAGCACGUCUUCAGGAACUGACAGAAAAGCUGAAUCAAUUGAAAAUGAUUGCCUGCCUGUCCCUAAUUACCAACAACAUGGUGGGUGCUCUUACGGAGGGCUUACCUGAGCUUGCAAUCAAGCUGAAAAGGAUUUCAGCUGUUCUACUUGAAGGCAUGAACAAAGAGACCUUUAACUUGAAGGAAGUCCUGAAUUCCAUCGGUAUUCAGACUUGUGUUGAGGUUAACAAGACCCUGAUGGAGAGGGGUUUACCUGCUUUAAAUGCUGAGGUUCAAGCUAAUCUUGUAGGUCAAUUCUCAAGCAUUGAAGAAGAGGACAAUCCUGUCUGGUCCUUGAUUGAUAAACGAAUCCAGCUAUACAUGAAAAGCCUCCUUUGUCUGCCAAGCCCUCAAAAAUGCAUGCCUCCUGUGCCAGGAGGCCUCACUGUCAUUCAGCAGGAGCUGGAAGUGCUAGGCUCUCAAUAUGCAAACAUUGUGAAUCUCAACAAACAAGUUUAUGGACCAUUUUAUGCAAAUAUACUCCGAAAGCUGCUCUUCAGUGAGGAAGCCACGGGGAAGGCGGAUGCUUCAUCGUCUACUAACUAAAGAGGAACUGACAUUGGAUAAGAGAUUGGAAACCCAGCACUUAGGUACCCCUCCUGUUUUCAUCGUUGGCAUUACAGGCGCGGCACAUUCUCAGGCCUGUCUGUGGGACAGUGUUAGCCCAAAUCUGUGUAAACCAGUAACAUUAGUGCUGCAGAAGACGAGUGCAUCUCAUAGACUCUAUUUGUGCACCAUUUUCAAGUUCAAAAGAAACAUUUUUAAUGAACAGAAAGCAAUUUAUAAUGAAUUGUAUUACCUAUAUAAUACUCGUGAAUGUUUUCUUAUGCAUUUAUAUCAGGCUUAUUCAUUCAACCCUUAAGGAGUUAUAUUUCCUCACUUGUCACUAUCAAACCUAAUGAUUUUUUUUUUAACUUUGGUACAGCUUUUAAGGGGUUGAAAGUUGUAUGAGAUGCACUUGUCUUCUGCAGCACUAAUGUUACUGAAUAAAUGAUGCAAAGUAAGGAUAAUUGUAUUUGAAAUGUAUAAUUCAAUUUUAUUAAUGUGUAGUAGAAACUUACACAGUAGGUCCUCAUAUUCUACAACAUACCAAAAUCACAUUUUGUAAUACCAAUUGUCAGUAUUUGUCUAGAAUUUAAACAUAUUAAAUACAUUUUAAAGCUACAUACAAUUUUUCGAUAAAACCUCCCUUGUUCGUUUAGUGAAAAUAGGCACAAACUCCUUCUAAAAUUUUAUUCUAGAGGGUAGAUUCUUCUUGCAACUUAUCCUGCCCUCUGAGGGAAACAAUUUUUGCACACAUCUCUUUGUAAAUGUCCUGGCAUUUCUCAGGCCAUUGGUAAGGUUUAUAUAAGAUUUUAAUAUUUUUACAUAGGCCGGAGUGGUUUGAAUUGGUUUCCUUGUAAGAAGAGAAGUUGACAAAAUGAGAUCCUUAUUUUCGGUGAAAUUCCCAUCUGAAAAAGAAACAGUAGAACUUUGGAUUUUUUUUUUUUUUUUUUAACCAUGUAAUGUGCUAGCAAAUGCCUUCUGUGCCGAUUAAAUUCUUGCCCUGCUGUGACCAAGAUGUUCUUCUAAGUAUCAUCAUCCUUUGCCAUUCUUGUGCAUUAGCCUUUGCCAGGCUGGCACCAGUCAUCAAGAUUCGAGAGAAAUCUGCUUGUCCUGGAAUCCCGUCCUUCUGAAGUGUUAAGCGGGGCACUACCGUUUGGGUGGACUCAGUCUGGGAAGUGCUUUAUUUGCAUACAACAUUUUUUGAUGGUUUGGUUUUCUGAAAACUCACUGAACCUUAGUAGUUUGGUGGGAAGAAGAGGUAGGAGGUAAAAUACUCCUUUCUCCCUCACCCCCUCUUCCUCACGACGACCUCUUCCACCAAGAUGUGCUCCCUAAUUAUUUGAAAAAGUUCUAGGAAAUGAUUGCGUGAAUAAGUUGUCUCAAUCUUUACAUUUCGGAGGGCUCUGCCAAAAUUCAAGGAAAUUGUGAAAGUCUUUUUUUUUUUUUCUGUCACGAUGACCGAGACAUAAAGCAGCCGUUCUCUCCAUUCGAGCAGCUGUGUGUAAGUGGAAUUUCACUGAAGAACACGUCAUUGGUCUUACCCGCUUUUUCCCUUUUCCUGUAUUUCCAUUCUGUCCCUGUUUCGGGAUGCUUAGAAACCACAAGGUGCUAUAGAUUUUUGUUUUCAUUUUCUCUUAAGUUGAAGUCGUUUUCAGCUGUGUUCCCUUUGGGGCCUGGAUGGACGGCAGGGAAGGUCUGACAUAGAAAGGUAAUGUGUAGCCUGACUUUUUGUCACUUUCUGAGAUGAACUGUAUACUUAACCAGGAAGACCAGGUGGUGUACUUUUUUUAUUAUCAGAUUGGUAUCCAGCUGGUAUUCUUAUAUAUUUGAUUAUAGUGUAGUUGCCAGCAGGAAAACAAUGUGGAAACAUUUUUUUAAAUACAUUUAAAAUGAAGGGCAUUCAGCUUUUUUUUUUUUUUAAGUGGCAAAAUAAAUCUCAAUGUCUCAAGCCUGGAUUUAGGCAACUCCAUUUAUUAGGAUUUUAAAAUCCUAUCCCUUAGCAUGUUGUUUAUUUGGUUUUUACUUAAAUGUUUACCUCUACUUUUGAGAAUUUUCUUAACCUAGUCUUGUUUCGUAAUGUCAAUUUUAUGAAAUAUCAUACCCAUGUUUUCAUUCUUCUACUGCUGAAACACGUAUGGUAUGCUCUAAUUAAAUUUCAAAACAUUAAAAAUUAUUUCAACAUA